AAGUUCAAAGCUGAGCGCGACGGUCGCCCGAAAAAAAGAGCGGGUCGCGACUUGGAAUACGAUCUCAAUUUGCCGCAGUACGAUUCUCGAUCCCCUUUCUUCCCGGCCUGUUUUUUCUCAAAGUGCGCGCCUACGAUUUGAAUCAAGAAUGAUAGCUGUCCGCCAAUUGCCGUUAUCAAAUUAGCUGAGAGAAAAUUUUUCCUCGGACCCGGCAAAGUGACAAUUAUUGCCAUUCGUAGACAAAACGUGACACGAAAAGCUGUGAUUUCAGUAACUGUAAAUCAAGUAUACUCUCGUAUAUGGUGCGAAAUGCUACAAAAAUAAUAGAUAAUAAGUGGCCCAGAUCAAUCGGAUACCGUUGAGACCGCUCCAAAAAGCUCCCGAACUACCCAACGACCAUUGUCACCCGAACGCUAGUCCGUUAUGCGAUCGAGAUUCAGGUUUUAAUUGUGGGCAUUGAUGCGAAGGCACCAAGCCCAGUGAAAAUUAGUCUACAGAAUAUAUAAACGAAAAUAAAAAUACAGAAGAAAGAAAACAAAAGUCAUGUAUGCAGCGAAAAACGUACGCCCGCGCAGCAGUCUCUCCACAGACGAUAACCACCGGAUCAAGGACACCAACCGGCCACACAAGGCUCCCAGCAACACGAUCCUUACCCUCGCCGCCUUCUGCGUCUUCCUGCUCGUCCUCUGCGGCUUCCUGCUGGGAGCCCUCGUCUACGUGGGCAAGAAUAUAGCCGAGGAGCAUCAGAGACAGCAGCAUUCGAAUGCCUCCCAGUGGGCCUUGAACUCCACCAUCCGCACUGUUUACGUGGACAGGGACCAGUUGCUCUCCACAAAGCCCAUUCUCAGUGUACUCUCAGAUAAUCGCGUACAUACCACCCAAGUGCCCGCCAGCCGAAAAUCGAAUAUUAUGGCCACCUUGGCGCCUUCCAUUAAAGCUGCUAGUAAGGUGCUCCAAAAUCUGGGAUUCCGACUGCCCAAGCAAAUAAAGCCGAGCAAGUAUAGCCUCCACUUGCGCCCCGAUCUCGACCGGAAAAACUAUUCCGGCAACAUAAGCAUCAAUCUGCAAGUUCUGGAACCCAUCGCCUUCAUCCCAGUCCAUGUAAAGCAGCUGAAUGUGAGCACCGUUGAGGUUAAGCACUUGGACGAGUCCGGUGCUCCACUAAAGGACAUCACUCCAUCGCUUACUUUCGCCCAUCCGGAGUUCGAGUACUGGGUCACCGAGUUUGAGCAACCCUUGGAGACUGGCAACUACUCAUUGCUACUCAACUUCAAUGGAUCGCUUGUGGAUCGGAUUACUGGAAUGUAUCAGAGCUCCUACUGGGAAAAGCUGAAGAACCGCUCCAGACCUAUCGUAUCCACCAAAUUCGAGCCCACCUACGCCCGCCAAGCCUUCCCCUGCUUUGAUGAACCGGCUCUGAAGGCCCAGUUCACCAUCACAGUGGCUCGUCCCAGUGGUGAUGAAUACCAUGUCUUGUCUAACAUGCCUGUUGCCAGCGAAGUCAUCGAUGGAGAUCUGACUGAGGUGACAUUCGCGGAGACUGUACCCAUGAGCACUUACCUUGCCGCCUUUGUGGUGUCUGAUUUUGCGUUCAAAGAAACUACCGUGGAGGGAACCAGCAUCGCACUUAGGGUCUUUGCACCGCCAGCGCAAGUGGAGAAAACUCAGUAUGCCUUGGACACUGGAGCUGGAGUAACUGCCUACUACAUCGACUACUUCAACGUUUCGUAUGUUCUGCCAAAAUUGGAUAUGGUUGCUAUACCCGAUUUUGUAUCUGGAGCAAUGGAGAAUUGGGGUUUGGUCACCUUCAGGGAGACUGCCCUUCUCUACGAUGACGCCACUAGUUCCAGCGUGAAUAAGCAACGUGUGGCCGUCGUGGUGGCGCAUGAGCUGGCGCAUCAGUGGUUCGGCAAUCUGGUGACUAUGAACUGGUGGAGCGAUCUGUGGUUGAAUGAGGGAUUCGCCUCAUUCAUUGAGUACAAGGGAGUGAAACAAAUGCAUCCGGAAUGGGAUAUGGACAAUCAGUUUGUUAUUGAGGAACUGCAUCCAGUGCUGACCAUUGAUGCUACUUUGGCCUCCCAUCCAAUUGUCAAGUCCAUUGAGAGUCCUGCCGAGAUCACGGAGUAUUUUGAUACGAUAACGUAUUCUAAAGGGGCUGCCUUGGUUCGCAUGCUGGAAAAUCUAGUCAGUGAAGAGAAGCUGAGAAACGCCACCACACGCUAUCUGGUCCGCCAUAUCUACAGCACAGCCACCACUGAAGAUUACCUCACUGCCGUCGAGGAGGAGGAGGGCCUCGACUUUGAUGUGAAACUGAUUAUGCAGACCUGGACGGAGCAAAUGGGUCUUCCUGUUGUGGAGGUAGAGAAAACUGGUAACACUGUCAAGCUCACUCAGAAGCGAUUCCUUGCCAACGAAGAUGACUACGCAGCUGAAGCUGAAGCAUCAUCGUUUAACUACCGUUGGUCAAUUCCCAUCACCUACACCAGCAGCGUCAGCAGCGAAGUCCAGUCCUUUAUCUUCAACCACAACGACAAUGAAGCCACUUUUGAACUCGCUGGAACUGCCAGUUGGUUCAAGAUUAACACGGAUCAGGUGGGCUACUACCGUGUUAACUACGCUGCCGAGCAGUGGGCAGAACUUACUACUGCUCUGAAGAACGACCGGACAACCUUCAGUACCGCCGAUCGCGCUCACUUGCUGAACGAUGCCAAUACCCUGGCCGCUGCCGGACAGCUGAGCUACUCCGUGGCUUUGGAAUUGAGCACUUACCUGGAAAGCGAGAAGGAUUACGUGCCCUGGAGUGUAGGUACCUCCUCCCUGGCUACGUUAAGGAAUCGUGUAUACUACACGGAUUUGUAUAGCAACUUCACCACCUACGCACUGAAACUGCUUACGCCAAUUGUGGAGAGUGUAACCUUUACCGUGGGCACUGAUCACCUGGAAAACCGCCUUCGCAUCAAGGUGCUGAGUUCAGCCUGCAGCUUGGGACACGAGAGCUCUUUGCAGCAGGCUGUUACUCUAUUCAACCAAUGGCUGGCUAGUCCGGAGACUCGUCCAAAUCCAGAUAUUCGUGACGUGGUCUACUACUAUGGUCUGCAGAAGGUGAACACAGAGAAUGCCUGGGAUCAAGUAUGGAAAUUGUACCUAGAGGAGAGCGAUGCCCAGGAGAAGGCGAAGCUGAUGCAAACCUUGUGCGCCGUACAAGUGCCGUGGAUACUUCAGCGAUACAUCAACUGGGCCUGGGACGAGACCAAGGUGCGCCGGCAGGACUACUUCACCCUGCUAGGAUACAUCUCAACCAAUCCCGUGGGUCAGAGCCUGGUGUGGGACUACGUGCGUGAGAACUGGGAAAAGCUGGUUGAGCGUUUCGGCAUCAAUGAGCGCACUUUGGGUAGAUUGAUUCCCACCAUUACAGCCCGGUUCUCCACGGAAACAAAACUGGAAGAGAUGCAACAGUUCUUUGCCAAAUAUCCCGAUGCUGGAGCCGGAACUACGGCCCGUCAACAGGCAUUGGAAACAGUGAAGGCCAACAUCAAGUGGCUAGCGGUUAACCAGGCCCAGGUGGGCGAAUGGUUGGCCAACUACGCCCAACAGUCCAGCGUCACCAAUCGCAUUCAAUGAGUCGCCAACUCGGCCAUUUGAACCCUGUAAAAUAUCAAUAAUGUAAAAACUACCAAUGGAAUUGAACAUAGUCUUAGAUAACUAGUGCAGCAAUUGCAUUUCAAAUGUGAACGAAGAAUUGUGAAUGCUUAUGAUAUUUUUGAAGAAAAUACAAGUCAAAAAAUUUA